AUGGCUCUGUGCAGUGGGAAUGGUUCCGUGCCGGUGCUUAUACCAGGGAUGACUCUGUGCAUGCAGGUGCAUAUAGUGGGAAUGGAUCUAAUAGCAUCCCACGUGCUACCUUCCCUGCAACCACUGUCGCACAAGUUCCAAGCUGCUGGGCGAGAGGACAUUGAUGUGCGCAUGCUGGGUUCGGGGCGGCCGUUUCGGCUGGAGCUCAAAGGGGCGAGGCGAGUGCCUACUGCUGAGGAGCUAGGGAGGAUAGAACAGGAGAUUAACGAGCAGGAGAGGGGCAAGGUGGGCGUGUGUCAACUGCAGCUGGCAGAUUCACGCGUGUGUGCGCUGAUGCGACAGGGGGAGGCAGAGAAGCAGAAAUCCUACGUGGCAGUGGUGUGGAUCGCUCGACCAAUCACACAAGCUGACGUGGCAAAACUGGAGAGCAUAAAGGACCUGUUUUUUUAG